GCUCAAUCUGCUCCCUGGGUCCCUGCAGUUCCCCAGGAGGGGAGCACUGGAGACUGGGAAAUGGCAGCUGCUCUUCUGGCAGCAGGAUCCCAGGAAGAAAAUCUGAAAUCAGGCAUGGUGGGGUCUGCCUGUAAUCCAGUUACUAGGGAGGCUAAGGUAGGAGUAUUGCUUGAGCCUAAGAAUUUUGGGCCAGUGUGUGGCACAGUGAGACCAAUAUGUACGUACAUACAUACAUACAUACAUACACUCACAUAUAUAUAUAUAUACUUUGCAUACACAUGUGUGUGUGUGAAAUCCUGGAAAAGGUAGGAAAAGAGGAGCCAGUGAAAGCUUGGAAGAGCAUAGACAGAAUGCUGUAGCUUGUGGAACUUUCAGAGAAGAGAUACGCGAGGAGCCGGAAAGAGAACGUAAGUCCUGAGCCCACCUGUGGAGAGAUAGCAGGGUUGGCUGUAGGGCCUUUUCCUGAACGCUUACUGGGUGCAUUCCUUUCUGCGCCCUUUACUUAUGGUGAAUAAUGUAAGACCAACUCGGCCAUCCCGUCUUGUCUCAAGAACUCCGGGGCAGUGAGAGAUGGAGGCAUUUGCAUAUACCGUUCGUAGGUGGCAGAACUGACAGGCGUUUAGCUUCAGGUUUGGGGCCUAAUCACUGAAGAGCUGUCACAGCGUAUCGGGGAGACAAUCGUGUUUUGUUCAUAUCAUGUUGUGUUGACAGACAAGGGAAGGUCAAGUGGAGGAGGCUGUGGUACAGUCUACAGGAAAGAAUGAGGCAGGGCCUGGUCACCAUCAAGGACGUGUCACUGUGCUUCUCCCAGGAGGAGUGGCGGAGCCUGGACCCCUCUCAGACAGACUUUUACGGAGAAUACGUCAUGCAGGAAAACUGCGGGAUCGUCGUGUCCCUGAGGUUUCCGAUUCCCAAACUGGACAUGCUUUCCCAACUAGAGGGGGGAGAAGAACAGUGGGUCCCUGAACCCCAGGACUUAGAAGGGAGGGACAUCCUGAAGGUCACAUAUACAGGAGACGGAAGUGAACAUGAGGGAGAUACUCCUGGUCUUGAGGCGGAGCCUCCCAGAAUUGUUUCCAGUGUGUCUGAAGACACCACUGUCUGGAACACAGGGCAGGGUCAGCCGUGGGAGUGCUCCAGAGGACCGCUCCUAAGCCCACCUUGUCUUCAGGAAGACAGCGCCUCACACCUUCUGUGUAGCCCGGAGAUGGAUUCUCUCUUAAAGCCCCAUACAUGCCCUCAGUGUGGGAAGCAGUUUGUGUGGGGCUCCCACCUGGCCAGGCAUCAGCAAACGCACACAGGCGAGAGGCCCUACAGCUGCCUCAAGUGUGAGAAAAGCUUUGGGCGGAGGCAUCACCUCAUCAGGCACCAGAAAACCCACCUGCAUGACAAGCCAAGCAGGUGCUCCGAGUGUGGCAAGAAUUUUCGGUGCAGCGCCCACCUGGCCAGCCACCAGAGAGUGCAUGCGGAGGGCAGGUCGCCCUGCCAGGGCCAAGAGGCCGGCGAGAGCUCCGGGGCUCAGAAGCCGCAGCCAGCCCCGCCCGUGCCAAGGCGCCACGUGUGCACCGAGUGCGGGAAGAGCUUUGGCCGCAGGCACCACCUGGUGAGACACUGGCUCACCCACACCGGGGAGAAGCCCUUCCACUGCCCUCGCUGUGAGAAGAGCUUCGGCCGCAAGCACCACCUGGACAGGCACCUGCUGACCCACCAGGGACAGAGUGCCAGGAGCGCCUGGGACAGAGGGGUGUCUGUCUUCUGAAAUCCGCCUCUGGGGAGCCAUGGUCAAAUCUGUCAGCUGGUGCUACCAGCAGCCACUGCCACAGCUGCCCCUCCCCUGUGCCCUGACGGCCAGGACAUUUGUCACCAGUUCUGUGAGACAACAUAAGGAAAAAGAGGUCUUGGGGCAAACUUUUUGGCAGCAGUGCAAAGUCUGUGUGUGGCUAUUCGGCUGAACCCGCUCUGAAGGGUACAGUGGAGCCCGCAGUGACGGUUGAGGUCCGUUCUCAUUGGUUGGGGGUCUGUGCUGUACCGGUUCCUAAAUAUUUACGAAUCACCCUGUGUGCUGAUCAUAUUCUCUACAGAGAAAGUGAAAGGGGCCAUGCUAGUGUAGCGAGGGUUCUGAGAACCUCUGCGGCCCAUUAGUGUCAAGUGAAAGCAUCGGGGCUAGACAGUCUCGUGCAGGUCUGUCUCCUUUGCCCAUGAUUACAGGCCUUUUGCCCCUACCUCUGAAAAAUGUAGUGAUCAUUCACUCCUAUUCCCCUCAUCCUGCAUACACACACACGCACUCAAACACACACGCAUACCACAUACAAACACGCACACACACAGCUGGGAUCAGGUUACAAAGCUAGAGGAUUGACUUUACACCCCCAAGUAACACAGGCCCACACGGGAGGAAAAACCAUCCCCUUGAGCAGAGCAGAGCCGUCUCCUGUCUGUGGCUUUCUGUCUGUGUAUGUGUGUGCAGGGUCUUUGAGGAGACCAUGCUCAGUGCAAACUGUACAGGCUAGAUUUUCUAGGAAUUGUGCUGUAGGGAUAAGGGUAGUUGGGAUGGUGCGGGUUUUUGGUUUUGUUUAAAAGCAUUCUGAGCGGUAAAGGGAGGCAUGGUGGAAAGGUGUGAAGGUGGCCUAGGGUUGUGUACAAAGUCCUCGGUGUUCCCGGGAUGUAGACAGUUGUGGGUUUGUGUAUCUAGCUCUGGGUCUCUGGGAUGACAGUUGUUUUUCCCUGCAGAGACAGCGUUGUUCGUUGGCCUCAAACGAGGUGACGGUGGUUCGUGCUGCGUGGGGUUCUGUCUUGUUUUGUUUUAAGUGCUAGAAAAUUAGGACGGGAAUCACAGCGUGGCGAGUUACUCUCAUCAUUCUUGUUUGACUUUCAAAGCUUCAUCAGAGGGAAGAACCGCUGUUGCGCAAAGAGAACUUUAGGGGAGAAGGCUGUAGCUUAGCUUGCCGGCUGUGAGGGUAGUGAGCUUUCUGGUGUUCCUCCUGGCUCUGGGAAGGGCCUCACCCGGAAGACUCCUGGCUCUAAGGUUAGCUGCCUGCACCGGGGCUCAUUCAAUUGGUUCGUGAGUUGAUCUAUUUUUCGUUUGUUCGUUUGUUUGUGACGGUGUUAAUACCAAUCUUACAACUUAACUAUUUAAGGGAAGUUUGGAGUUAGGGAGGAGGAGAACGUGAAAGUGGGUAUUUUUCUUUUCAAGGCUCCUGCUGUUUUCCCCCCAAGAUAUUCAUUUCUGGGAUGUAGUUGGAAUAUUCAUUUCUGGGACAUAGUUGGAAUAUUCAUUUCUGGGACAUCCUUGGAAUAUUCAUUUCUGGGACAUCCUUGGAAUUAUCCAGAGAAGCCAACGGAAGUGAUUUGCAGCACUAGUCAAUGAGGGCCCUGCUCAGGAAAACCUGGGUGAAUCAGACAGAGCGCUUGGGCCCUGGGCUCACGAGGAAUUGAAAUAGAAUCAUUUUGCUGACUAGGCCUUUUGGUUAUUUGAGCAGCCCAGCCUCCAACUCACCUCUGCCGCUGAGAAUAGCCUUCCUUCUUGAACUGGGCUGCACUCUCUUGCUUAUGUUAUGAUGAAUUAAGCAAAACCAGGCAGCCCUUUGCAAGCAGGCCUUAUCCUAGACACCCCCCCCAAAAAAAGAGAGGCUUAUUUUAGAAUCAGUAUUAAGAGAAUGAGAAAAUUUUCCAACUUUAAUAGAAAUAUUUAAGGGAAGUCAGUUCUGUGCCAAGCCCUCUGUAGCAGAGCAUGCUUCAGAUUACAGAUCCCUUGAGAAUCUGAUGGAAACCAGAAUUUACUUUGCAGAAAAGUAGAUCUUUACGUUGGCUCAUUUUCAUACGCAUUAAGUGGACUCAGAGCCUGCCUGUGGAAAUGAUAAACUGAAGCAAACGGGAAAAGGUGUUCUGCGUCUCCGCCCUUAAUUCCAGCGCUGGGGAGGCAGAGGCAGAGGCAGGCAGAGGCAGGCAGAGGCAGAUGGAUCUGUAAAGUCCUGGAUGAGCCAGGGCAAUGUUGUGAAAUCCUGUCUAAAAAAACAGAAGGAAUUUAUCCUGUUGGAUUCUGGGUGCUGUACAGAUGCCCGUGUCAAGAACUGCAAGCAAGAUCCAUUCAACAUUUUAAGGACUGAAAUGCCAGAAAGCACCACGGGGUGAGGACAGCGCCUGGUCUGCUGCGACGUUGCUUAUGCUGUGCUCUGGAUUAGGAGCGUGGACGCGCUCACAGCUCAGCUCACAAACCUGGGUUCUAGGACUUGUGGGCGUCCUCUCCUACCUAUCAGAUACCUCUUAAAAACUCCAGUUAACCUCCAGCCUUUUAUCUGCUUUAGUAAUUGCAGGGAUGGAAAGGGCAGGUGCGAUCACAGCACCCAGCUGGAAGGCAGCACCGAGUUUCAGGGCUUUUCGCAGAAGGAACAGCCCUUUGGCUCAUUUCUGAUGUAUCAUUAUCUUUUCUACCUCGGUCCAAUACCACCUCCUUUGGACAAAUAAUAAAACAAGCAACAGCCAUCCAA